CAUUGUAUACAACUCUGUCUCUGUCAUCUGUGUAAUCUCAUCUUCUCAAUCUUUCUCUACCACCAAGAUCCAACUCCCAAAUCCAUCUCUUUAUUUUUUUACCUUUUAUAUCACAAAAUUUUGAAUAUAAAUUCCCAUCACAGUCAAAACAAAUUCACUCAAUAACCUAUACAUACAGUAGAUAACAGCUUUCAAAGACAUGGCUGAGUCCAAAACCACUCCAGUGAUGAAGAUCAAACCAACUUCCCAAAUUACCCCUUCCAAGCCUAAAAUUACCGACUCUUCAUCUCUCAGUAAGAGUCUCCCCAGCUCAAAUAAGAUGAAAUCUGUCACCACUGUCACUAAAUCUGAGGUUAAGUCGAAACCGACAACAAUUUCGUCGUCAUCAUCGAAAACAACGACGACAACAAAGACGACGAAGAGGAAAACUACUACCACCAAAGUGAGAGAGAGGAAAGUCUACAAUUUGCCUGGCCAGAAACACGAUCCACCUCAAGAGAAAGAACCCUUGAGGAUUUUCUAUGAGUCGUUGUCGAAACAGAUACCGACAAGUGAAAUGGCGGAAUUUUGGUUAAUGGAACAUGGAUUAUUGUCUCCUGAAAGAGCUAAGAAAGCAUUGGAAAAGAAGCAAAGAAAGCAAAAGGAGCUUCGUAGCGGGACUCCGGCUAAGUCAUCAUCAAAGCCGCCAACUAAAACCGCAUCUUCACAGAAGCUGCAGCCAAGACCAAAUAAUAUUGGAUCUACAGAGAGGCCGCAGCCGAGACCAAAUAAUAUUGGAUCUACAGAGAGGCCACAGCCGAGACCAAAUAAUACUGGAUCUACAGAGAAGCUGCAGCCGAAACCAAACAAUACUGGAUCUACAGUGAAGCCACAACCGAGACCAAAUAAUACUGGAUCUUCACAGAAGCCACAACAGAAAUUAAAUAAUGGCGACAUUAAAGCCAAAAGGAAAAUCGAGAGUGACAGUGAUGACGACGACGAUUUCAUUUUAAGUCAUAAAAGAAGAAGAGUGUAAGAAGAAUUGCCUUACAAUUUUUUUUUAAUAAAGGUUAUAAAAAAGAAGAAGAAAGGGAUUGUUGUAAGAUAACUUAAACUGUAAGAUUAAAAUAUUCUUCAUGUCUCAAACUUUACUGAUUCUACAAGCUUGCAUUAUGUUGUAUGUGUCUUUUGUAAGCAACAUUUUUGAUGAAAAUGAGGAGUGCUUUUACACUAUUACUUCAGCUAAA